UCAUCACUAUCGCUUUUCGGCAACCGGCAACCGGCAACCAGCAACCAGCAAUCCCACUCGGAUUGUUGUCUUCCUCCCUUAUAGGGAACUGUCCUCUUUUUACAUCAUUAAUGCUCGCCGGAGAACAAUGCACUCGACCCUCAACCGCGCCCAAGCCGUCUUCGGCUUCUUCACCACCGUCGCGCUCUUCGUCGCCGGGCUGGCCGCGCUCUCCGUGCUGCUGUUUCCGACGGACGGGGUCACGUCGCAGGUCAAGCUGCGGGAUGUCAAGGUAACCAAAGGCCGUCCGCAUUACUACUCCACCCGGAAGGAAGAGUACGCGCAGCUGCGCUUUGAUCUGGAUGCUGAUCUAACCCCCCUCUUCAACUGGAACACCAAACAACUCUUCGUCUACGUCUACGCCUCCUACCCCUCCGACCCGACCAAUACCUCCUCCGCCGCCACCUCCCACGCCGUCGUCUGGGACACCAUCAUCUCCGCCCCGCAAUCGGCCUACUCGUUCGACGCGCUGAAGGAGCGGUUCUUUGCUCCCAGUCCCAAGACCAAGACCAGGAGUAAAAGCAAGGCCGGGAGCAGGAAGCCCCCUGCCACGAAGGCGAAGGCCCAAGCGCAAGCCCAACCAGGCAUCCUGAGGCUGCGCGACCAGAAGGCCAAGUACCAGAUCGGGGAUGUGUCGGGCAGGAUGGCCGAGCGCCAGAAUGUCACGCUGGCCGUGGGGUGGAAUGUGCAGCCUUGGGUCGGGGCGCUGUGGUGGAGUCCGGGGUCCGGGAGCGUGCCGCGCACCCAGGGCGGGGUCGGGGUUAGUGAGGUGUUUGGGUUGCCUGCUUUGAGGAGGGCUGGUGGUGGUGCUGCUGCUGCGCAGCAGGGGCAGGGGCAGGGGAAGAAGACUGCUGUUUAGGGUUGGG